UUCACCUGUUCCCUCUUCAUAAUGGCUUGCCCUUUUUUGGAGGAUGUACUGGAUGAGGAAGCCCUAAUCCUCAGACGAGCAUUUAGGCAUGAAAGAGUCUUCCGGGACAGGUCAGACCCAUUGGCUGUUGGAGAUAACUAUCUCAUUGAGAGAUACAGAUUCUCAGGUGAUGGACUAAGAUAUUUAUGUAGGCUGCUGGGUCCAAAAAUACAGCACCAGACGGCAGGAAGCCAUGCUCUGACUGUACCACAGAUGGUCUGUGUUACAUUGAGAUGGUUUGCAAGUGGGAGCUUCCUUUAUUCUGUUGGGGAUGCAGAGAACCUCAAUAAAGGAACCAUUUGCCGCACAAUAAGACGUGUUUGUCUGUCGCUGAAGUCAUUCAGCAACAUAUUCAUCACCUUCCCUGGCCACAGAAGACUCCUCUACAUCAAGGAGGAGUUUUACAAGAUUGCAGCUUUCCCUAACAUCAUUGGUGCAGUGGAUUGCACACACAUCAGGAUCAAACGCCCCUCAGGAGAACAUGAGGGAGAUUACGUUAACAGGAAAUCCUUCCACAGCAUCAAUGUUCAGAUGAUAUGUGAUGCUGACUGCCUUGUCAGCAAUUUAGAGGCAAAGUGGCCUGGCUCAGUGCAUGACUCCAGAGUCUUUCGGGCUAGUCUGAUUUACGAGAGACUUUCACAAGACGAAUUCUCUGGUGUGCUGCUGGGAGACAAAGGCUAUGCCUGCGUGUCAUUCCUCUUGACUCCCCUUGCGGACCCCCAAACCCCACCACAGCAGGCCUACAACCAUGCACACAACAAGACAAGGGCUCGAAUCGAGAUGACCUUCGGCCUUCUGAAAUCUCGGUUUCAGUGCCUGCACCACCUGAGAGUUUCCCCAGACAGGGCCUGUGAUGUCAUUGCUGCAUGCGCAGUACUGCAUAACAUUGCAGGCCUGAGAAAGGAGAGGCAGUUAAUAUGA